AAGCGGUUCGUCGGUAAAAAGAAUGAAAAAAGUAUAUUGUUGGCUUUGAUAUAGCUUAUAUAUAUAUUAAUCUUGUGACGCGACAUGAGCAACGGUCCAAAUGAUGUUUCAAGCGAUGGCCGUGGUCGUGGAGCUGGACAGGCUGGCAGCGGCAUAGCCAGCGCCGUUUCCAUAAACAUUGAGAGUGAUGCCGACGACAAUGAGUCAACUACAGCUGAGAACGAUUGUUUGCUGCCUACGCCGAUGGUGCCCUUGUCGACGCUAACCUACGCACAACAAAUGGCCGGAACGACGGCCAUCAAUAUGGAGCUUGCUCAUACAAAUCCGGGACGCAGCAGCAGCUUGAGUGGAACUGGUCCUCGACAUAGCAGCAGCAACAUGUUAUCCUCAUUUCUUGCCAGACAGCGCUCCUUUACGCCCACCACGGGCACCAACAACAACACACCCGUGCGCGCCAGUACACAAAUGAAUCGUCGACUACAACAAUCACGCAGCGUUAGUGCCAACAACAGCAAUGUGGAGGAGACGCCCGCUGCCCAGCCAGAUGCAGUGCGACGUCUUGACUUUUGGCGUGUUAAUUUAAACGAGAUGUUUUCGCUGUCCACAGCGCCUUCACCAGAGGCGCUGCGUACCUUUAUUGCCCAUUCCAAUUUUCGCUAUCAGCCUGCUGCUCGGAGUGCUGCUGCAGCGGCCGUGGCAUCACCAGCCUUAGCUGAAGAUCAAAACCAAAUGGCGCCUACAGAACCUGAGGCUAGCACCAGCACCGCCGGCUCCAUACGCACAAACAACAGUGGCGCCAUGGCCAGAAGCAUUUCAUUGCGAGAGGGCGACAUGCAGCAGCCGCGAAACAGCUUGGCUGGCAGACACACUGCCAGUGUCAUAGGCCUAACAACACCAAGCUCGCCUGGAAUACUUGCUACCGUCAGUCCAACUCUAAACGAAACAGCCGAUGGUGGUGGUGGUGCUGGUAAUGAAACACCGCCGGAUCCAGCAGACAAUGCCAAUGGGAAUGGUGCUCACGAAAACAAUGUAGAUGAUGAUCAUAUUGUCACCGACAUUGUGGUGCAAGUGCUAAGCCACUUUGUGCGCUAUUUGCCCAUUAUAUGCAUACUGCUCAUCAAAUUUGUGCAUGAUCAUUUGCAAGGCAUAAUCGAUCUGCUGCUGCUGCAGACCAUUAUGUACAAUAUGAAUCGUUCGCUGCGUCUUCAAGUAGCGCGCUUGGCGCAAAAGGACUAUACUGUGCUGGUGCGUGACGGUUGCAUCUUAAUAGUAGUGGUUACACUGCGAUUAUUUUUGGCCAGCACGCCACCAGAUCCCCUGGGAUUGCUAGUGCCGCCACCAAAGAAAUACAUAAUCGUCAAUGUGUCCAGCCACAGUAACCUUGAGGAGACUCUCUUCCACACGAGCGGAGACACAAUGCUGAGGGAUGUAUCUACUGAAACCGCUGUGCCCAAAGUAAUUCCACUGGGCGUGCUACUUUAUUACGUGGCUGUUAGCGAUUUGCUGCUGAAGCUGCUUACCAUACUAGUUAAAAUAUUCAUAACACUGCUGCCCAUUCAUGUGAUACGACUGAAAGUCAGAGCACGACUCUAUGUGCUGGUGGAAUACACAUCGCACUUCUACCGUGCACUAUGCCCGAUCUCACAAUGGUUUAUUUUUCUCUAUGAAUCGUACUCUGGCUUAGAAAUCAUUUCGGGCGGAUUGUUUGCUUCCCUUUACAUAGGCGCCAAAAUCUUUGAGCUUCUAGAGCGCGGUAAAAUGCUUAAAAAAGCAAUUACUACCUUCAGGCGUAAUAUUGACUCGGAGCGUCCACCGACAAAGGAGGAGCUUGAUGCUGCUGGCUCUGUUUGCCCCAUCUGCCAUGAUUCCUACAAUUCACCCAUCAUUCUCGAGUGCGGUCAUAUAUUCUGUGAUGAGUGCGUACAAACUUGGUUCAAGCGUGAACAAACCUGUCCCAUGUGCCGCGCCAAGGUCAGCGAUGAUCCAGCUUGGCAAGACGGUGGCACCACUUUCUUUCACCAGCUUUACUAGGCUCAAGUGUGC